CAUCAUAUUAAUACGCUUUGUAGAACUUUGUAGAACUUGAAUGUAAAUUGAUAAACAAAUAUAAAUAUCGUCAGAAUUUUAGAUAUGUCAAACUUUUACAUUCUUUUACAUCGUGCGAGAGAUAUCGAUAUGUCGAUAUACAUCGAUGGAUUAAUCAAAGAUCUACACCUUCUUGCACUUAAAAAAAGCUUUGAUGAAUUAACGUCAUUAUAUAUAUCGGGUCUUCCUCAAAGCUCGCGAUUAAUAUUAUGUGUUCCAUGUCGCAUUUAUGUUGAUUGUAACGAAGAUGUAGAGAAAGAAUAAUGUGUGAUUGUGUUAGUAUUUUGUAAAUAAAGAUAUAGUGUGCGAAGAUGCAGGAGCAGCAACGUGAUGCGAAUGCAUGCGGUCAGGGUGAAUUUUAUACUGCUGCCGCGAAAUAUUGGGACUGCAUUCCACCUACGAUUGAUGGAAUGUUAGGCGGCUUCGGAUUUAUUUCACAGAUUGACAUAAAGGGUUCUACAUUUUUUCUAAAAUCUCUUUUUCAGUUAGAAAAUCCACCUUCUAAAGCAUUUGCUCUGGAUUGCGGUGCUGGUAUUGGUAGAAUCACAAAAAAUUUAUUAAUAAAGUUUUUUAAACAUAUAGACCUUGUUGAACAAAACCCAAAAUUUCUGGAGGUAGCAAAGAUCUCCUUAGAAAAUUAUUCGUCAAAAAUUAAUCAAUAUUAUCCCAUUGGAUUGCAAAACUUCUGCCCUACAACAAACAAAUAUGAUCUUAUAUGGUGUCAGUGGGUGUUGGGACAUUUACAGGAUGAUGAUCUAUUAGAAUUUUUCAGAAAGUGCGCAUUAGGCUUGAAAAAUAAUGGUGUACUUGUGGUGAAAGAAAAUAUCACAAGCUCAAAUAAUUUGGAAGUUGACAAGAAAGACUCUUCUGUAACAAGACCAAUGGAAAGCUUACAAUUUUUAUUUGAUAAAGCUGAUCUUGUUUGCAUUAAGCAACAACAACAGACUAAAUUUCCACGUGGCUUAUAUCCAGUUUAUAUGUUUGCUUUAAGACCAAAAAAUCAAUGAACUAGUCAAUGAUGUGUGAAGUAAUGGAUCGAGCUUUUGCGUAGUUUGUCGUAAAUGUGACUUAUUAUCUAAAAUCAAAAAAGCAUCGUUGUCUUCUGAUAUUGUUAACUGUGAUAAUGUAAUAAAAGAAACUUUGUAUAUUAUUUUCAAAGAAAA